GUUUGAUAAAUAUGGGUGUGAAAGAAAAACGCUGCUAGUUCUGGGAAAAACCUGUCCAGCCAACUUUAAACUUACAAACGAGAUUAUUAUUUCAUAUACAUUUGAAAUCUGUACACUCGUUUCAUAUUGUCAGUUAAUUUAUUGUAUUACCCAUAUUAUAACUAAAAGGUCCUGAUAGCUAAAUGGAGAAACAUGAUUCUUUGUAGAAAGAUUAACUAAUUAGCAUUUAGAAGCUAGCUAACAGCCGGGAGUGGGAGAUCUGCAGGCUUCACUGGUGAGACGACAGCAUCAGAAUGACCGAGUAUAAGCUGGUGGUGGUGGGAGCAGGUGGUGUAGGGAAGAGUGCGCUUACCAUCCAGCUCAUCCAGAAUCACUUUGUGGACGAAUAUGACCCCACCAUAGAGGACUCAUACAGGAAGCAGGUGGUGAUCGAUGGGGAGACAUGUUUGCUGGACAUCCUGGACACAGCAGGACAGGAGGAGUACAGUGCCAUGAGAGACCAGUACAUGAGGACUGGCGAGGGCUUCCUCUGCGUGUUCGCCAUCAACAACACCAAGUCUUUCGCAGAUGUGCAUUUGUACAGGGAGCAGAUCAAGCGAGUGAAGGACUCUGAUGACGUGCCCAUGGUCCUGGUUGGAAACAAAUGUGAUUUGGCCAGAACUGUCGACACCAAGCAGGCUCAGGAACUGGCCAGGAGCUACGGCAUUGAAUUUGUAGAAACCUCAGCCAAGACCAGACAGGGAGUUGAGGAUGCUUUUUACACCUUGGUCCGGGAGAUCCGUCAUUAUCGCAUGAAGAAACUCAACAGCAGGGAGGACAGGAAACAGGGUUGUCUUGGAGUCUCCUGCGAAGUCAUGUGAUCAGGAGAAGCACCACGUCUACAGAGAUUCCUUGCAAUUUCAUUGGCCAGCAGCUAAAAACUUGACACCCACUCACUUGUGACUGAAAAGCUUUGUGAAGUGGUCCAAAUUUUUCAUCACAUUUUAUUCAUGUGGCCUGAAUUCACCGGCCUCGGCAGUGGAGUUUUUCUGCAUUGGGCCCCCCUGCUGGCUAAAAGGGAUCAUUUCAAACCUGCUCACUGUGUGGACUGUAUUGGCCUGCUGUGAUGGAAAAGAGGGGCUCAAUAAGCGACAUUUGGCCUCUGCAUUUAUCUGAAGUCAUUAAGCGAUGAAAUCUUGCAUCUUUCCCUGUUAAAAUUUUACCUGACUAUAAUUUGUAAGUUCAGUACUCAGGAAUACUGUGAAGGCAAAAGUGCUUCUUUUUUUUCUUCCUUUUUUUUUUUUUUUAAAAGUCCAUUUGCAUACCCAUUUGAUGGUAGAUUUUUUCUUAUCUAUGUAUUCCUGCUCCCACUUGUAUUAUUUUCCAUCUUCGCUUGUUGUAGCAUCUGUGGUGUCAGUUAUUCACAAGGGCAUUCGACAUUUUUUAGCCAUGACUUUGAGGCAAAAACACUUUCAGAGAGCAGUAGAAAGGCAGCAAUUGUUUCCAGGAAUUAAAAAAAAAAUUUUUUAUUAUAAACGUCUGUAUGCUGCUGCAGUGAAUGUCUUUACUCUGCAUAAAACACUGGAACAACAACAACAAAAUCAAGGUUAAGGUUUUUUUGUUUGUUUGUUUUUACCUUGCGUGCCUUAUUCUUUCAUAAAGGUUAGUCAGACUUCACAAAGAAAGGACCAAUGGGUGAUGAUGAUGGCAUCUGUUUCUUUGAAGAUCUCGCAUUAUAGUGCCUUUACUCAUCUAUUCUACUUUUGCUUGCUCACUGAUGUCGGUUAAGCUGCAGACUGCAUUAAGGUUUGAGGAAGUUGUGGGAUUGGUAUUCAGCAGUGUUUAGAAAGAAGCAUUUGAGGACGUUGAAGACUUGCUGUGCCAUAAUGCAUUCGCUGUAUUUCUGUUUGUGUUUCAAUUUGGCCAGAAGUAUGUGCUGCCUUUAGAAGUUUCCCACAAGACAUUUUUCUAGGAAUAUGAUCCUCGUUUGAUUUCAGACUGUGGUGCCAGUAAUGACUUUGUCUUACUACAAGGACAAAACAACCUCAUCCGAUCAUUGCCUGGUGCUCAAACAAGUGUUUUAUUCCCAAAAAUGUAUUUUCUUUCCCCCAAAAACGGAUUUCUUGUUUAGUGGAAUUCUUUUUCCUUCACCUUUGCUGAUGCUUGAUGUUUUAUUCUGUUUUUUUUUUUAUUUAAUUUUUUUCCAUCAUCAUGGCUUUAAUCAAAAAUCUAUAAAUUAACUUGUCAUGUCACAACAAUGACCGUUUGAGUUGUUUAAAAGAUGUUUCAUGUGCCACUGUAUUCUUUUCCUAGUAAAUUAAUUGUAAACAACGA